AGUGCAGCAAAGAGAAAAGUGGAGCAGUUCUUGACUCCUCCUCCUCCCUCCCUUCCUGCAUUCUCUGCGCAUGCUGUAACCUGAAAGCUGAAUUCCAGGAGAUUAGAAGAUAGCAGCGAAAUUCUUUCUUUCUUGUUCUUGGUUGAUUCUCCGCCGACAAUGGAAGAGAGCAGCAGCAAAGCAAGUGUCGUCAAUCGACUCCUCGGCGUGAAACAGAGGUCUGGCAAAACGUUCGGUCAGAUUGCACAGGAAACGGGUCUUACGAACGUCUACGUUGCUCAGCUCUUGAGAAGGCAGGCUCAUCUCAAGCCUGAAACUGCCCUCAAAUUGCGAGCAUCCCUGCCCGAGCUAACCGAUGACCUCGUGGAUGAGAUGAUGAGACCUCCCAUGAGGUCCUACGACCCUAAUUUGAUCCAAGAACCCACUAUCUACAGAUUGAAUGAAGCUGUUAUGCAUUUCGGCGAGAGCAUUAAGGAAAUUAUCAACGAGGAGUUUGGUGAUGGCAUAAUGUCAGCUAUAGAUUUCUACUGUUCCGUUGACAAAGUUAAAGGUAUGGAUGGGAAGGAUCGUGUAGUCGUGACAUUUGACGGAAAGUAUUUGCCUUACACUGAACAGAGAUCUGAGGAUAUGGCAUCAAGGCUUAGGCCGCAGAAAGCUAAUGAACACCCACAUAUAUCCAGUUAGUGCAACAAUUAUACAAAAGGUCGUCAGUCUUUUAUACUUCUAAAUAAGUUUUACAUGAAGGCUCUUCGAGUAUUAUUUUAUUUGAUGAGCUCUGGUUUGUAUUAUACUACGGGUAUGCAUUACAGGUCCUUGGACUACUAUAAUUUAGAUACGACCAGUAAUAGCGUGGAACCAUAAACAUUUCACUAAUUGAAUGUGUUCUGUUGAUACAUUUAA